AUGAUAGUAGCUACUAAGGGAGCAACUGAAAGUGAAAAUUUAGCACCUGAUAGUGGGGUUAUCAUAAAGUCAGAUAAAUCAUCGGUCAGUGAACCCACUGAGAAAAAGAAUUUAAGGUUACACUGGGACUUAAAUGUUUCUAUGGAUGCUUGGGGUCCACCUUGUGAUGUAGAAGAUGAUGCCUCUGAAAAAGAUGUGAAGGGAGUAAUCCCAAAUCCAAUGGCCCCUAGAGAGAGCGAACAUAUUGAUGGUAGUAAGGACCAUCUAGAUGGGUUUGCUGCAUCAGUUGGGCAAGAAAAUUUUUCAUCACCAUGUGGUCCUAAGGCUGAAGCAGCUGCUAGAAAUGGAAAUAAGUUCAAAUCUGGUUAUAAUUCCCCGCUUGAGGAUGGAGAAUUAAGGGAGCCAAAUCGUAGGGGCAAAAAUAAGGUUGAGGAUGGGGGAUUCUCCUCUAUGGCUGAAAGUACUGACAACAAGAUGAAGGAUUCUGAUAAGGGAAUCUUAGCAGAGACUAACUUGGGACCAUUAGAGCGUAAAUUUCAUGAUGCAUUGAGAAUUGAAGAGGCUCAUGACAUAAGGGACAUAGAGAAGAAUGAUGUGGCUCGCAUUAGUGAUUUGCAUCUUAAGAAGCGGUCUUCUUCUUCAAGGAGGUUUGUGCCGAAACCAUUUAAGGAGUUGCCUUCGCAUGAUGGCAUCCCGAGGACAAGAUCUGAUGAUAAUGAAGAGUUGAGCAUGGCUCCAUAUAACUGUUUUGGGAGACAUGACAGGAGUUCUGGUAGAGGAUACUUUAGUGGUUCGGGUUCCAGACCUCCCUAUGUUCUCGAGCCUCCACACCCUGAAAAUCUAGGUGUGAUGGGCAGAAUUGAUCAAUCAGGAUCAGGGUCCGGACAAGGAUCACAACCUGAUGGUUAUGUACGUAAGCGUUUCUCAAAUGGGGGAUACCGCGGUGGUCGGUUUUCAAAUGGUGGGGAUCGUGUAAUGAGGGGCAGGCACGGUGAUAAUAACCAGUUUUCUGGUCGGAUGCACAACUGGAGGAGUGGUAACAGGAGGGAAAGACGUAACUCUCCGGUGUUUAGGAGAUCUAGACGUCGUUCUCCAGUCCCGUGGAACGGUGGAGAUAGAUUAUCUCAUCCUCAUGAUGGGUUUAGAGCCGAGGAGAGGAUGAUGGAGAGCGUGAGGUUUCCUUUCCAGGAACGGUUUCUUGAAGAUCAAGAAAUAGGUUUCAUGUCACCUCCAAGAAACAGAAUGCCGCCGCCGAGAUUCGAUGAAAGGAGGAGCCAUGAUUCUGGAACUAAUCGUAAUAGCUUCAGGGGAAGGAGGUUUGGGCUUGGCCAAAGACAUGAUGCUGGAAGAUCUUUGAGAAGACUGAAUUCUGAUAACAACAACAAUUUUAUACCUUUCAGACGCCAAAGAAUAUUAGAUGAUGUGGAAGAUAGCACUGGCGGAAACAAGUUUGAGAUGAGGCAGCAGCAAACUAGGCGGGCUGACAUCACAGAAGAUGGCGGUGAUGAUGUCGCCGGUUCAGGUUUCGCAAAAGAGAGUCAGUGGGUUUAG